CUAAUCUAUGGGUUGUCUUGUCCAGAUAGCCGAUACCUAUUAUUUAUGUCCGGUACUCACUGGCUUACUUACUUACCCUUUGUAUAUCUAUUAUCUAUGCUGACUGUAUAUAUCUGAAUAUAUAAACAAUUACUUCAUUUUGGAAUAAAGCAAAAAUAAAAAUUAAAUUUUAGAGAUAAUGGCAGACGAAGAAGUUGUGAAUGGAUCGACAGAAGAAACAGAUGACAAAUCACAAAAAGAAAAAAGAAGUGCAAAACAUGAUAGUGGUGCAGCAGAUUUAGAAAAGGUUACCGAUUAUGCAGAAGAAAAGGAAAUUUCUACACAAGACGUAUCUGGAGCAAUAUCUUUGAUUGGAGAUCAAAGAAAUAAACAGGCGGCAGAAAAGAUUGCUAGAGAAAAAGAAUUACUCAAAGUAUCCAUAAAAAAAGAAGAUGUUGAUUUAAUAGUUAAAGAAAUGGAAAUAUCUAAGCUCAUGGCAGAGCGUACAUUAAGAGAACAUCAUGGUAAUGUGGUUAAUGCUUUAAUCGCUCUAACAAAUUAAUAGUAUAAAUUUGACACUUGUGAUGAGGAUAAUGAAUACUAUUAAAUAAAUCAUUUUAUAAUAGCUGGUGCUAAUUCUGUGAAUCAUUCAAACAUUUUUUAAAAUGUGUUACAAAAUAUUGUAAUUUAACUGUCAAUGAACUUUAAUGUGUACAUACAACUUCAAAAAGUCUUAUAUUUUGACAUUUAUACAUGCAAUAAAUGUAUUACAUGAUA